UUGCUGAGUGCGUUGAUUCAUUCCCACAUCUUAAGCUUAUCACUGGCUCACUUCACUCAGAUAGUCGCAUUUUCCUAAACCCUUCAAAAACCCUCCCAUUUUUCUCUUCUCCGACAUCAAUGGCGUUCUCCAAACCCUCCUUCCUCCACCGCCUCAAAACACUACCUCUCCCCUACCACCACCGCGUCCUCCACCGUGCCCCACCACCAUGUUCCAUCUCCAUCCGCCUCCUCUCCUUCGCCACUCCUGAAGACAUCGCCGCCGAACGCCGUAAACGCAAGCGCCAACUCCGUAUGCAACCCCCUAUCUCUCCUGCUCGCCACCAACAGCAACCGCAGCAACAGCGCUCUCCCACCACAAACUCUAACCCUAACGCCCCCAAGAUUCCCGAACAUGUCUUCGUUCUCACUGGAAAUCGCCUCAAUCUUCACAACAAAAUCCUCAAGAUUAUUCGGGAGAACGACCUCGAUGAAGCGGCGUUGUAUACGCGUCAUUCUGUUUACUCGAAUUGCAGGCCAACCAUUUUCACUUGCAACGCUGUUAUGGCGGCGCUUCUGCGAGCGUCGAGGUAUUCUGAUUUUCUAUCUCUUCACCGUUUUAUUACUCAGGCUGGAAUUGCUUCGAAUGUGAUCACUUAUAAUAUGUUGAUUACUUUGUAUUGCGAGUGUCGGAAACCUGAUACUGCCCUUGAGCAUUAUAAGAGGUUAAUUGAGGAUGCACCCUUUGAACCUUCGAGGGCGACUUAUCGGAUUUUGGUUAAGGGUUUGGUGGAUAAUAAUAGGGUUGAGAAGGGGAUUGAGAUUAAGGAUGAGAUGUUGUCGAGGGGGUUCGAUGCUGACGAGGUUGUGUAUGGCUAUUUGAUGAAUGGUUGUGCUAAGAAUAAGGAUGGGGAUAAAGUUUUGGAGCUUUUUGAGGAGUUGAGGGAGAAAUUAGGCGGGGAGGUAACAAAUGGGAUUGUGUAUGGGCCAUUGAUGAAAGCGUAUUUUUUGAAGGAAAUGGAGAAAGAGGCGAUGGAGAAGUUUGAGGAGGCAGUAGCUGAGAAUCUGAAGGUUAAGAUGGACGACGUGGCAUAUAAUUUGGUAUUGGAUGCUUUUUGUAGGUUUGGUAAGUUUGAGGAGGCGUUACAGUUGUUUGAGAAGAUGAAGAACUUGCACAAUCCGCCAUGGAAGCUGACUGUGAAUCUAGGAAGCUAUAAUGUGAUGGUAGAUGGAUAUUUCUUGGAAGGGAGGUUUAAGGAAGCAGUUGAAGUUUUUAUGAGUAUGGGUGAGAAGAAUUGUAAUCCUGAUAUCUUAUCAUUUAACAAUUUGAUCGAGCUGUUGUGCAACAACGAUUUGCUUCCUGAAGCAGAAGAAUUAUGUGGAAGAAUGAGUGAGAAAGGGGUUAGUCCGGAUGAAGUUACAUAUGGUUUGUUGAUGGAUGCGUGCUUCAAGGGUAAUAGGCCUGAUGAUGCAGCUGUGUAUUUUAAGAAAAUGAUUGAUGAAAACUUGAGGCCUAAUUUGCCUGUUUACAAUAAGUUGGUUGAAGGGUUGGUUCAAGUGGGAAAGAUUGAUGAAGCAAAGUCGUUCUUUGACUUAAUGGUUACAAAGCUCAAGUUCAAUUUUGCUAGUUACGAAUUUAUGUUCAAGGCUUUGUGUGAUGUUGGAAGGGUGGAUGAUGUGCUGAAGAUUGUAGGUGAUAUUUUGGAUGAGGGAAGUAUUGACCUUAAUGAUGACAUGCAGAAGAUAGUCAAGGAUGGAUUGAGAAGGGAAGCACGGGAGGAGGAGGAACUGGAUAGGUUAAUUGAGCAGAAGGAGAACGAGAAGGAAGAAGCUAAGAGAAGGGAGAUUGAAGAAGCAGAAAGAGCCAAGGCCAGUGCAAAAGCUGCAGUUGCUAAUUUACUUCCAUCUAAGUUGUUUGGAAACAAAGAAGGCAGCAAUGAAAAUGCAGCUUUAUCUGGAAAUUCUGAUACAGUGUCUAGCAAUGAAGUACAAGCCAGUGGAGAAGUACAAGCCAGUUGAGAAGCAGUAACGGAAGGCAAUGCAGCAAAUGAAUCUGAAUUUAAGAGUUCACUCUGAACAGGUUACAGCUUGAUCUUCAUGUACUCCUCAACUGCAAACAGAGCAUCCAUCGAACAAGCUUAAACAACAUUUUCUCAUGGUUUGGAAAAUUGGUGCUUCUCGAGCUUGGCAUUAGGCUGAUUCUCUAUUUCUCAUUGAGUGAAUAUAAAGCUGACUUGUUGCUUGCAAGUUGCAACCUCAGUUUCUGUCAAAUAACCUCGGACUAAUUGCACCAGUAAUGUUGUUCAUCACAGGAUCUCAUAUGAUUUUUGCUCCCUGUCCUAGUAAUAAUAUCCACUUGAACUUUUCACGAACAUAGAGAAAAAAUAAUCUGGCUUGAUUAUUUUGUAUGUAAUACUAAAAGUGCCCCGCUGUAUUUUGAAAUAUAUGGUUUCUGUUAAAUCCUUUUCUAACUCAAUCACUUUAUUUAGAAAAAAAUAAGGUAGGUUCUAUAAACUACUUUUAGUAAGUGGAUACUACAUUGGAAAGUCCCAAAAAAGGGAGUUUUAUCUGUCUGACAAUCUUUGCUGACUAAGUAGAGAUAAUUAAAUCCUUUUUUGCUCCUUUUUAUACAUACACAGGUAACAGUUUGGGAAUAGAAGUUUGAACAUCUAGAUGUUUGAUUAGUUGAUUUUUUUGAGGUUUGGCUAUCAGGUUUCUCCUGGGUUUAGAAUUAGUAUUGUUGGUAAGAGCAUGUUAUUUGGUAAGACAGUGAUGUAAACAGGAUUCAGUCCCAGGUCUUUGGUACCGACACCCGCCCUCCCUCUCUGCCACCCCAAGGCCCCAAGUCUAAAACCAACUAAGCUAAUCUGGUGGCAAGUUCAUUUGAAGCCUAGAAAAUUAGUGUUCAUAUCCACAUCCAAACAUAUCAUUGUUUUAGGUAUAACUCUGGGCUCUAUAACCAACUAUGUUUUAUCAGUGGGAAAGCAUGCAAGUCCCCACCUUUCCUCUGUUUAGAGGAGGGAUGGGAAAAGAUAGUUGGUUUUUUGUGCUUACUAAACAUCCACAAUGUUUGUGUUAUUUGCCUUUCACAUAUGUGCAACUUUCCAUUCUACAGUCAUGUAACUUAGUUUCAGUUAAUUUUGGUCUCUCUGAUUCUUAUCUCUGAUUCAAUCAAUGGGGCAAAAUAACCUUGCUAGAGUUAUUUUUUUUAAAGAACCUAUGUUGCUAUCAAUUACAUCAACGCUGACUCGCUGAGGACUCCGGUGUUCUGCUUGAGGCCUUCAGAGAUUCGUAGCAUAUUCUGGGUACAUCAGUAGUGUGGUUGAUUUGGUUGUGAGCAACUAUUACCUGGCUUCCAUUAGCUAAAUGAUUCUGUCAGGUAAAGCUAUGGUUAUUGGUUAUUCGGUGCUUCACGGUCUUGUAACAAAUGGAAACUGACAAAUUUUUUGUUAGCCGACCCCAAAUCAUUUUGGGACUAAGGCUUUGUUGUUGUCGUUGUUGUUGUUGUAUAUACAUGUUGGUUUGAUAUGCUAUUCUGGCUCUUCAAUUCACCUCAAUUACUUGCGUGGUAUACCGUAUACUUGACACUUGGACAUCGUUUUGGUGGAUUGCCACUUUACUCGUGAAUUAAUUAUAUGCAAAAUCUUUGUGAACUGCUUGGUUCUGACCCUUGGAUGCAUACUCAUGUCUGAAAAUAGUAAUCAAAUUUGAGUAACAUACGUGAUCGACAUUGAAUAUUUAUGGGAUACGGUUCAGGAUCUAGGUAUGUCUUCAAGGGAAAACAGUUUACUGCAUCCAGUAGCUUGUGUUACGCACUCACUAGUCAGUCCUGUUCUUACAACACCUUAUGGUGCAAUCCUGACCUUAACAUGUUAUUUGUUUUCAUCUUCCCUGGGUCUAUAUUAUGGCCAUUUGGGUGCCUUGUAAGUUCUAAUGUCCGAAAAUAGGUAGUUUAUAAAAGAAAAUGAGCCUUGAGAAAAUGUUCUUAUUUGUGACUUGAGACUGGAAUAAGUAAUUGCUGCAUAUUGUGUUGUUUUGUAAUUGUUACUUGUAAAUGAUGCCUUAACAUAUGAAAUUUUGAUUUGUUGAUGGCCUGAUUCAUGCACCUUACAGAUAUUGUUGCUUUUUAUUGUUUGCUCAGAAUGAAAUUUUCUUGUAGUCUUGUAGACAUAUUAUGCUGCAGUCUUUAGAAGAAGAUGGUAGCUGGUGACUAAAGAACUGGCAUUUUUCAGGAGCAUUUUGAGUAUUGUUUUACCCUUUACCCUAGUACCUAACAGGGAGAAAGGGAGAAGAUGUUUUUCUCUUGAUGGGGUAGGUUUACUGUGUUCAGUCAUCAGUAGAGUAGAUGUGUUCUGAAAUAGGGGAUUCUAUUUUUCAUUACUGAAGCUAUGGUUUGCUGUACAUGUGUUUCACUGAAGAAGGUUACAAAAGGUAACCGUGGAGUACCUUAGUAAUUUUUAUGCUGAUGAAUCAAUAUCAUCGAGUCGGAAUUGUUGAUUGGGGAUUCGAUGAAGAAGUUAAACCGUUGUCUGGAAUGUGGUAGAAACAAGUAAGUUAUAAAUUCAUAUUCGUUGUUUAGCACUUCCGUUUCAAAACCUUCCAACAUUUCCCAUUGACACGUUGUUUAAGGAAAAGAUUAGUUAAGUUAAACAGACAACUUAAUAAAAAUUAUUUGUAUACCUUCUCUAAUCUCUUCCUUAAAUCCUGUGUCAACGGGCUAUGUUGCAAGUAUAUCAAACAACAGAAGUAUGUAAUGUGACAGUUCAUGAGCAAUAUCCGAAUAUUUGUAAAAUCAGUUGUCCUUAUUUUGAUGUUGCAAUAAAACAAAAGAAAGAAAGGAAGUAAUGCAGGGGAGUGGGGUGCUUCUGUUUGGGAGGGAGCUGACUGCUGAGGAGGAGAGGCAGCUGGAGUUUCUUGCUGACUUGCGAGAAACCGUUGAGGCUUUGAGGGCUUUCAGAAGUGGAGAUUUUUGUUUGUAGGAAAUCUUCACGGAGGUAUUAAUGAUGGAAAAUUUCGAGUUACUUUAUAGCACGAGGUGGCUUCAGGAGCAAUAGGUGAAGGUUGGAUGAAGGGAAAGAUCUAACUAUUUUAUCCUGUAAAUCAGGUAUGUUUGGUGUUGGAAAUUUGCAGAUAAUUGCUCCUUUAAUUAGUCGGUACAGUUAAAUUGUAUACUGUAUUGUAUCAUUAGUAUGUCACUCUGGUGGGUUGAAAUUUAAGGUUUUUUUAAUGAGCUAAUGCCAUGUGGAUUUAUGGUAUAGGAAAUUUGAUUGGUGUUCCUGUUUCUGUAAAGAAAAGUAAAAAUUGAUAUUUCUAGGGGUUAUUUUGAGCUGAGCUCUAACCUUAUGAGAUAUCAGAUACCACUAUACCAGACAUCCAAUUUAUGUUAUUUCUUUAAUAAUCGUCUGCCAUGGUAUGUAUAUCCUGAUGAUUCUAGUUGCUUGGUUGGAAUGAUUUGCUUGCUUUAUAUGGAAAUUUCCAUACAAGCACUUUGUCUUGCUGAAUUGCAGUGUUUCUCUACUUAAUUGAAAAAAUUGCUUGCUGUUCUCGGGCAAUAAAAAGUUCUUUGCCGUGUAGCAGUUUUCAUCUUACGUGAUUUUUUGUUAAAUUUAUAUAUCCUCUGUUUCUUAUUAGUUGACACGAAGUAGUAGUUAUUUCAGGUUACUUAUAUACUCACCACCCUUACUCCUCUCUCUGCCUCAGGUUUUUGUCUAUUGGUUGUUAGGUCUUGUUCAUUUUGUGUGGCUUUUAAUACUGUUUGAGUACCUGCUGUUUGAUUUUCUCUUUUAUUUAAAGCUUUUCUGUCAAGAUAUAUGAAAUAUCACUUAAAUGUUUAGAGGAUGUCUAUUUUCAAAUUAUCUUGACUGCAAAACAAGAAAAACCUAAAUUUGUUUCUAAAUUAAUUUGAUUGCAUUGCGAUGUUUUAGGUCUUUAUUGUUUUCAGUAUCAUGUUUCUCGGGACAUAACUUUUGCCCUUUUGGGUACAAGAUUAAGAUCUAAAACAAGAUUUUAACAUCAAUUUUGGGCUACAAACCUGGUUAGCAUCACUGUGUCUUUUGUAUCAACUUGGACAUGCGUUUUAUGUUGUAUUAUUAAAAGUCUUAAAACCUUGAGUGCUUAGAACACAGAAGUCAGCUAUUGCAGAGACAAGCUGAAUGUUGUAUAUAGGCAGGGCAGAAGGAGAAGCAUAGGCAGAACCAGAGAAGGGAAAAUGCGAGUUUUGAUGACCAGUAUAUAGCUGCUUGUGGAGGUGUAUGUUGUAUCUCUCAUGAGUCAGGACCAUGAAAGAUAAGAGAUGCUCAAGGAAGCAAAGGUUAUAUAAAUAACAGGUUAUUUUUUAUUUUUAGAAAGACUAUUUAUGCCCAUUUGUCCCCUUUCUCCUUUUUCCAUUAAUGUUAUGUAACUUGCUAUUAUUUUUUACUGCUUUCUUUUCAUGAUAUGAUGAUUAUGAUCUAACAAUUUUUUGGCGAAAAAGGCUACACAUAAACUUCGUUUAUUUAUGUGUAGCCCCACAUCCACAGUAACGUGACAAGCAGUGAUUGGGCGAAGUAAUUGUGGGUCCCUUCUCAAAUUUUCAAAUUUCGGUUUGAAAUUUUGAACCAGUUUUGAAUUCGAAAUUCAAAAAUUAAUUUUUCUUUUUCUUUUUCAUAAGUAGUUAGGAGAGAGAAAAUUAAUUAGGCUCUAUUACUCUCUUUUUCUUUCCCAUUAUCAAGUUUCAUUGAUCAACUCCAUUUUCAAGUUCUUUCACUCUCACCGUAUUGAUCCGAAGAAGUCAAGAAUCACGAUCUCAACACUCCUCACAUCGUCAUCAUCGUCGUGCUCCUUUUUAUCGUCAUCUUCGCGGUGGAUAGUGCGGUUGUUUUCUUCAUCUUCAUCUUCAUCCCAUCCGUCGAUUCCUACUUGGAGAAAGUCGAAUUCAUCCUCCGAUGAAGAAUCAACUGAGUUAAGAUGUCUAGGGGGGUGGCUUUGUGUAAAUGGAGACGUUGUGUAUAGGUGGAGGCGCGUCGUCUUCACGCGCUCCUAUUCGUGUGGUACUGUUUCUUCUGCUUGUUAUCUUUUUCGUUCCUGAAUUUAUAAAUUAUUCAUAGUAUUUAAGAACUUGGGUGUAUCUUGGUGGAAUUUUGAGAAUUUUUGAGUUAAUUAAUAGAUCUGGUUCA